CGGGGGCGGGCGGCGCGGGGGCGGGCGCGGUCGAUGGCGUCAGUCGCGCCGUGGUCGCGGCACGGCGACGCUCGCCGCCCGCCGCCGGCUGCUCGCAGCAUGCCCCGCUAGCCGCGUGGCGGCCGGCCCGUCCCACCGCGCCCUAGAUGUGCAGCGUGGGCGGCUGGGCGCGCGGCUGCCGGCCCCCCGCGCCCCCCGGGCCCUGCCAGUGCUGGUGGUGCUGCUGCUGCUCCUGCUCCUGGGCUAAAUGCCUGGCGGCGCGCGGCUCCGAGGCGGGCCCCGGCCGCAAGCCCGACCCCGGCGACCAGGCGCCUUCCCUAGAGGAGAUUCAGAGUUGGGGACAGUCCUUCGAUAGACUUAUGAGAAGUUCCGCGGGGCGCGGCGUGUUCCGCGACUUCCUGCGCGGCGAGUACUCGGAGGAGAACAUCAUGUUCUGGCUGGCGUGCGAGGAGCUGAAGCGCGAGCGCGACCCGGCGGCCGUCGAGGAGAAGGCGCGGUUCAUCUACGAGGACUACAUCUCCAUCCUCUCGCCCAAGGAGGUGUCGCUGGACUCGCGCGUGCGGGAGGCGGUGAACCGCAGCAUGGUGGAGCCCACGCCGCACACCUUCGACGAGGCGCAGCUGCAGAUCUACACGCUCAUGGGCCGCGACUCCUACCCGCGCUUCGUGGCCUCGCCGCUGUACCGCGCGCUGGCGCGGCUGGACGAGCCCACUAGCUAGCGGCCGUGACUU